ACUGGAAAGAUGAAACCUGAUGAAACUCCUUUGUUUGAUCCAAGUCUACUCAAAGAAGUGGACUGGAGUCAGAACACUGCUACUUUUUCUCCAGCCAUUUCCCCAACACAUCCUGGAGAAGGCUUGGUUUUGAGGCCUCUGUGUACUGCUGACUUAAAUAGAGGUUUUUUUAAGGUACUGGGUCAGCUGACGGAGACUGGAGUUGUCAACCCUGAACAAUUCAUGAAAUCUUUUGAGCAUAUGAAGAAAUCUGGGGAUUAUUAUGUUACUGUUGUAGAAGAUGUGACUUUAGGACAGAUUGUUGCUACGGCAACUCUGAUAAUAGAACAUAAAUUCAUCCAUUCCUGUGCUAAGAGAGGAAGAGUAGAAGAUGUUGUGGUUAGUGAUGAAUGCAGAGGAAAGCAGCUUGGCAAACUCUGCCACAGAUGGGAAAGAGAAAAAAGAAAUCCAGCAUUCAAAGACCCUAGAAAGUUAUUUUUCUAAUCAAUAAAAAAGAUAAAAUCUAGUGCUUCUCAGCUAUGUCCAACGAUUUCCUUAUUGGAGCAUUGCUGAAUGGACGAAGAAAGUAAAUACUGAGGUGAAGCUAUGUUUGUUAUGGGAAUAUGGAUUAAAGUUGUUUAAAAAAAAUCCGCCAGGUAACUGCUCAUUUACUUUACAUCAAAUUGAGAUAGUGAUACAUACAUCUCAACUUUAUAAUUCAAGAUUGCAGUUAAGUACUUCUAAUUCACUUGAAUUACCAGGGUAAUAAGACAAUUAGAAACCUUAUUUUUUUUUAAUAAGCACAUGCUUAACAUUUUCUGACAUUAAUUCUAAUCUCAGAUGAAGCACAAAAUCCCCCCAAAAUGAACAUUCUGCUCUAAAAGUUAGUGGUUGAAUUGGUAGCAAAAGCUAUCAUGUUUAACAUUUCCACCAUAGAGUAGAUACAAAUAAACAAAUGUAACUGCUAUUAAACAUCUGACAGAUAACAACAUGAACCAACUAACUGAAGUUGGAAGGUAAGAAUACUGCCAUUCCAGUUUGAUUAUUUUCAAUAUUUAAGUUUCAUACUUUCAAAAGGGACAGUAAUGCAGUUUCCCUACACUUAGAUGUAAAUUCACUUUAAAUCCUGUGCCCAGAUUACAUAUUUAAUGUUAAAAUUGGGUGGUCACUUAUACAUUAUUCAAAUACUCUAGAAAAUAAAUCAUGAUUGGUUAAACUUAGAUCAUAGUUAACUAGUACAAAACAUCAAUGGGGAUAAAGGAAUCACAGA